AUGUCUAUAAACUGUUUCCUUCAUCCAUUUUUGGAUCUGAUGGCGUACCUUUCCCCCUCGUUCGUGUACACAUACAGCGUGCUGCCGAGUCCUUUGCGCCUAAUGCAGGCCAAGCGACUUUUCCAGAAGAAAAGUGUGUUUCGCUACGUAGCCGGCGCAGGAGUAUUCUACUGUGUUGCGCAUACUUUCGCUCGGCAUGUAGGGGAACUUGUAAUCUGUUCUGGGCCAUCAAUGCUACCAACGAUACACGAUGGCGAUCUAGUGCUUGCUGAAAGGCUGAGUGUAACGUCUGGCAAUAUUCAUCGUGGCGAUAUUGUUGGCUGUUUGAGUCCUUAUGAGCCGGAACAGCUAUUAUGCAAACGGGUCAUCGCCAAGGAAUCAGAUCCCGUCAAUAGUGAGUUACUUCCAAACAAACGAGUUCCACGUGGACAUGUGUUCCUGCAAGGCGAUAACUACGUGGCAUCAACCGACUCUCGUCAUUUUGGCCCAGUUCCAGCUGGGCUUGUUCAGAUUCGCCUUUGCUUGCGGAUAUGGCCUGUUUCGAGACAGUAUCAACUUUCUCAUCAGCCACCCACUCUUGAGGACACUGAACCACUUUUGAGGAACUUCGCAGAUCUCAAAGAAGUUCUCAAUGAAGUCGCUGAUCUGGGUGAUAUGAAUCCGCUUACAUAUUUGUCUCCAUUUCUGGAUGUCAUCAAAGCACAGAAUACUAAUGGACCUAUAACCGAAGCCGCGCUAUCGUCUGUGGCCAAGUUUCUGAGUUAUGGAAUGAUAGAUGCAAAUAGUAUAAAAGCGGCAAAUGCAGUGGAAUCCGUGGCUUAUGCUGUAGUUCACACAAAAUUUAUCGGAGGCAAAAGCAGUGGCAGUGAUGAAUGUGUGCUUUACAAAAUCUUACUGGUUCUGCGAUCUUUAUUACUCUCACCUCCCGGUGCACUGCUAUCCAAUGAAGCAGUAUGUGAUAUGAUGCAGUCUUGCUUUCGGAUAGUAUUUGAGCAACACUUGUCACCGCUACUGAGAAAAGCUGCCGAAGCAACCCUUAGUGACAUGACACAACUUAUAUUCACGCGGUUACCAACUUUUCAUGAGGAUGCGAGACAUCCAUACAUCAGGAAAUUGGUAAUGAACGCAAAAGGCGAAAAACGUCGACGGCGGCGGAGAAGGACGGACUCUGUGGCCGAAAGCGAAAAGGAUGAUCUUGAGGUUGUACAACCGACAGCAGUGCCAAAAAUUCCGCAUGUACCUAGUGAUAUUCCUUCCGUAGCGUCGGCGGAGAAUCUGGAAGUGACGGAAAAGACGCCACUGGUAAAGAAUGAGGGAGACGCGGCUAGUCUUGGCUAUGAUGUUGUUCUUACUCUCAACACUCCCAUCGACACCGUAACUUCACCUGACAUACCACCACCUGAAACCAAAAUCCAGGAAGCCAUAGAUGCAGCUGAAGAAAAAGCUGUAGAAGCCGACAGCGAAGGAGAAGACGAUGCGUCGAUAACGAAAGAGACGAGUGCGUCGAGGCAGCAAAGUAUCACUCCUAAAGAACAUCCACAUAUUGAGGAUGAGAAAAACUCGCACAAUACAAUCGAGGAAGAGGAUGUCGAACCAGUAGGUAAUGCUGUACAAAUGCCAUAUGGAUUGCCAUGCUGCAGGGAACUAUUGAGGUUUCUUAUUGCGUUGGCAAAUCCUCUUGAUCGACAAAACACAGAGUCAAUGGUGGUGCUGGGCUUGAAUUUGUUGACGGUAGCUUUAGAGGCUGCAGCUGAUCACCUUGUUAGCUAUUCGUUUCUCAUGCCUCUCAUCAAAGAUAAUCUGUGCAGAGCUUUGCUUCAGCUCCUGGACACAGAGAAGCUUCCAGUGCUAGCUGCUACUAACAGAGCUUGCUUCCUUCUCUUCGAAUCCAUGCGCAGUCAGCUGAAAUUUCAGUUAGAGGCCUAUUUUCACAAAUUGAAAGCCAUCGUGCUAAAUGAACAGCGUACAACCAGUUAUGAACAGAAAGAAAUGGCAUUGGAGUCGAUCGUACAACUGUGGCGGAUACCUGGACUAGUCACUGAGCUAUAUUUGAAUUACGAUUGCGACUUAUAUUGCAGCAACGUAUUUGAAGAACUCACAAAACUUCUUGUUGAAAACGCAUUUCCUCUCUCUGGAUUACAUGCUCAUUCUCUCAUAUCUCUGGAUGCGCUUCUUGUUGUUAUCGAUAUGAUAGACCAGAAUUGCGUUUGCCGCCAAGCAGCGUCCAUAGCACCAACGGCGGAAGCGGAUCCAAAAGUUGCUGCCGCUUUGCAUCUGCCAAUUCUUAGCGGUUUUGAAAUCGGACAGCGAAUACUGGCAGGCGAAAACGAUGUUAGCAGUUCUCCAGAACGAGAUAUCCCUGAGCAUUUACCAGCCAAAGCUUUGAUGCCCUGUGCUAAUCGUCAUGCGCCAUCAAAUAAUAUGCCGUCUAUGGAGCAGGUUAUCGAACAAAAGAAGAGAAAGAAGAUUAUCGCUGAUGGUACAGAACUUUUCAAUCAAAGCCCCAAGAAAGGAAUCGAGUUCCUGCGUGAAAAGGGGUUAUUAGGUGCUGAUGCCACCAGCGUUGUCAACUGGUUAAGAGCCAAUCCACAAUUGGACAAAAAGAAAAUAGCAGAUUAUAUCUGCAGCAGAAAACAUGCUGAUGUGCUGCAAGCAUUUGUGAGUUCAUUCCCAUUCGAAAACACCCGCUUGGAUGAUGCGCUCAGAAUGUUUUUGGAGACUUUCCGUCUUCCUGGUGAAGCAGCUGAGAUUAGCAUGGUCAUGCAACAUUUCUCAGAACAGUGGUACAAGGCCAACCAUGAACCUUUCAAUCACGUGGAUGCAGCUUUCACUUUGUCAUAUGCCAUAAUUAUGCUCAACACUGAUCAACAUAAUCCGCAGGUGAAACGAAACCAACCACCAAUGACCGUAGAUUGCUUCAAGAGGAACCUUUCCGGUACUAACGGCGGCUCAGAUUUUGACCCAAACAUGUUGGAACAAAUGUACAACGCAAUAAAAUCUGAAGAGAUUGUAAUGCCAGCGGAGCAAACUGGCCUCGUCAAGGAGAACUACUUGUGGAAGGUGCUCUUGAGACGAGGUGAAUCCUAUGAAGGACAUUUCGAACAUGCACCGACUGGGUGGAAUGAUCAUGACCUGUUUUCGAUUACGUGGGGACCAGCUGUGGCAGCUUUAACUUACGUCUUCGACAAGUCGGAAAAUGACGUCAUCCUGCAGAAAGCUCUCAAUGGAUUCCGAAAAUGUGCUUCCAUAGCCGCGCAUUAUGGCAUGAAGGACGUUUUCGACAAUCUGGUAAUUCAUCUAUGCAAAUUCAGCACAUUGAUGAGUAAUUCGGAAGGACAUGGCGAGGAGAAUCUAGAACUGCAACGUCAGCGCAGCCUCAAUGAUGGUAUUCCUGGAUAUCAACAUGAGAGAAUCUCGCUUGCUUUUGGAGAGAACAAAAAGGCACAAAUGGCUACACGAACGAUGUUCCAACUGGUGCACGAAAAUGGCGAUAUACUGAGAGAAGGCUGGCGCAACAUGCUGGAUUGUUUGCUCCAAUUGUUCCGUGCAAGACUUUUGCCAGCAGAAUUGACCGAAGUAGACGAUUUUGUGGAUGAGAAGGGAUGGGUGUCGCUGAUAAGGGAUCAUACAGCUGAUCAGCAGCCCGUCCGGAGUGAAUCAGGUUUGCUGUCUUGGUUUGGUCUGGGAGGAGGAGCAAGUGAAUCCGAGAGGAAGAAACUGACACCAGAGCAGCAGAAUUACGUGAAGAUGGCUGAGAUAGUCAUAGCUGAAUGUCGACCAGCACAGCUUUUCAAUGAUAGCAAAUAUCUGACAAGCACGGCGCUGUCGGAGUUACUUAGCGCUCUUAUUCAUGCCAGCCAAGCGGUUGUAGAAAAGGCUGAUUCUCUGAAACCGACUUUGCUUUGGGGCUCACCACUGAACGAUGACGACGAGGACGCACUUGUUUUCUAUCUCGAAUUGAUUGUUACUAUCUGUUUGGAGAACAAAGACCGUUUAUCCCUUAUUUGGGUGACCGUGCGGCGACAUCUGGAGUGGUUAUUAUCGGCUAGAUUUGGAAGGAGUCCCUUACUUGUUGAACGAGCAGUCGUUGGUUUGUUACGUAUAGCCAAUAGGAAUCUUUUCCGUGACAAUACAGUAGCCGAUGACGUUUUGCAGUCGUUAUCACUGCUUUUGCGUUUGUCUCCGAAAGCUAUGUAUGUGUUCUCUCGCCAAAUCUCAUUUGGUCUGCAUGAACUGCUACGAACGAAUGCUGCGAAUGUGCAUAGACGAGAGCAUUGGGCUGUCUUAUUGUCUUUGCUCGAAGCAGCCGGAGCCGCAGCGCUUCCAGAUGAUGCCCCGCAGCCUGAAAGCUCAGCCGCAGUUGACCGUCAAGCUUUCUCAGAUGGUGAAGCGAUGACAGCGCGCUCAACCACCGAUGACAGAGGUUACACGUCUGAUGAUCCUAACCGGAUAUCUGGUGAUAACAAAUUGUCCAGUGUAGACGCUGAUAGUGCUGUUUCGCUAAAUCAAAGCCGAGAAUGGAUCCACCUGGAUCACAGAGAUGCUCGGAAGGCGACGGAAGACGCUUUGAGAUCAUUGGGAGGUAAUGCGGCCAGGGCUUGUGGCUUCUCUCGAGGGUCGCUGGUACUGAAGUCAAACCUCGGCAGACAUGAACCUGCGGCGUUUUUGAAGGUGUGCGAUACGCUUUCGUUCCUUCUGCGAGAUGCUAUUCAUGUCACACCGGAUAACUUCGAUUCUUGUGUACAGUGCUUGAGAACGAUGGUUGAAGCGAGUUUGGAUGGGGGAAGAUAUGCUGCUGGCCCUCUGAGUGGUGAUGCUCAAAAUCGUCUGCGAAGCCAUACAGAUGAUCGAGUGAAGCGUGCGAAACCGAAAAGUGGAAAGAAAGAACUAUCUACUGAUGUGGGUGGUGAAGAAAGUGACCUCAGACGCGAAGAGCAACAACUAAGUGCCAGUUAUCAGCAGGUGUCAUUGCAACUUUUGGAUCUUUGCUCAACUCUUCACACACUUGCUCCGGGUAUACUUGCGCAAUGGGCGAAAACGCAGAAUGACGUGGACGCAUCGAUACCCCAUAUUUGGUGUACGGUUUGGCGACCGCUACUGCAGGCGAUGGCUAGGCUCGGCUGUGAUUGUAGACGUUUAGUGAGAGCAGCCGCACUGACACACUUACAGCGAGCUUUCCUUCCUACGAAUAUGGUUAAUCUUGGUGCAUCAGAAUGGGAAUCCUGCUUUGGAGAGGUACUCUUCCCCUUACUGGGUAAGCUGUUAGACGUCUUCUCAGCCAUGGAUCCCAUUGGAAUGGAAGAUACGCGAGUGCGGGCUAUGCAAAUAGUAGCGAAAACCUUGCUGAACCACCUCACUGCUCUUUCAACCCUGCCUUCAUUCCCAAGUCUGUGGCUGCGUUUAUUGGAUUUCAUGGAGAGCUAUCUGCGAAUAGAUAGCUGUGGAAAUCUAAAUGAGGCUGUACCAGAAUCACUGAAAAACAUGCUGCUUGUAAUGGCAAGCACUGGUCUUUUUGCAUCUGUUCCCGGCUUGCAUCAAAUGACCGUCAGUCGAAUGGGAAAUGUGCUUCCGCAGUUGAUUCGUGACACGUUGCCUGCGACUCCACCUCCUAUGCAGCCGCUGCAACCUGAACCUACGUCCUUGACCUCGGUAGCAUCUGCAAGUCGGGUUGGGGGAUCCCGAGUCCAGAUCGCGCCAGCUAUCCCUUCUCCUUCUGAGCUGGAAUCUGUGGCGUCAGCAACAUCUGCUCCGAAACCAGUAGCUGCCGCUAGCGUGGAAGCGACGCCAUCAUCGACCGUACAGCCUCAUCAUCCUAAUGAUCCUGUUCACGCUGGUGACCAAUCUGCAGUCCCAGCAACAGCUCCGGUGAAUAUACCAUUGACCGAGGUUGUUGUGUAUUCUGGAGCUACAUCACCAGCUUCAGCACCUUCUCCGCUCGCCGAAUCACCGCCAUACAGCACCGCCUCACAAUACAGUUUGGCAUCGUCAGGUGACAUUGGUUCACUUCCUCAAGCGCAGGCGCCUGCUCCACCGACGUACCAACCUCACAACCCUCUGCAAGCCAUGCAACAGACGGUAACUCAGCAACAUUCACAUCAACAAGCGCAGAUUCAAGAACAACACGUACAACAAGUACAUUCACAACAACGGACACAGGAAACACCACUGCAGCAGCAACAACAGCAACAGCUACACCAGCAACAACAACAGCAACAGCAGCAGCAACAACAGCAGCAACAACAUCUAACUAUGCAAACCCCAUCAAGAACUCCGUCGGAACCAGUACAAAUACAACAAACGCAAUACCAUCCUGUGCAGCAAACAUCAUCACAAUAUUCUUGUCAACAAUAUCACCAAGAACCAUCGUCGACAAUGACCCCAACACCUCCUUAUCCAUCGUCUCAACCUCAAUACCAACAGCAACAAUAUCAGCAGUACGCAAACUAUGCCGUGAAUUAUAAUCCGGCUGCUACUGCAGCUUAUGCCCAUCACCAGCAGUUUCUACAACAACAACAUCAACAGUACAUGCCGCAAGCAGAUUUGACGAAGGCAUUCGCUACUCAUGUUCCUCCUCAAUAUCCUCAGCCAAUGUCCUCCAUCCAUUCACAGUAUUCUGUGACUAAUCCUUUACCAAUGCCUUCGAUGCCACUGAUCACAUCACCACAUAGUGCAUUCACACAAGUGACUGAUUCGACUCAUCAGUCAGCGUAUGUUCCUACGCAUCAACAUUCGUCCUAUAAUCCACCGACUCAGCCACCUCAGGAGAGGCCGUAGGCAUUGUUUGUUGACCAGAGAAAUUAUUCUAAUCUAUGAUUUGGCAUGUUUUGCAACAGCGAGGAGAAAGUAAAAAGUCCAUAAAUAAGAAUUAUUAUAAGCUGUGAUAGACGAUCGAUAGCUUGUAUGUUUAGCUUUUUGAGUGGGAGAUGUGCACAGUCAAUUGUGAUAUGUAUGUAAAAUUUUAUGGGAUGCGGUUCCAUUCUAAUAAAAGUUCAAGG